CUCUUUCUGAUUGCAGCUUGUCCAUGUGACUCUGGUUUCCGUUGCUUGCCUGCUUCCGCGAAUAGUAGAAAGAGGCAUCAGCGCUUCAGUCAGAGUAAAGGAAGGCAGCUGAACCUCACACACAGGAACACUCUCUGCAACAGCGAGUCAACCAGCGAUAUGGUCAGGGGAUCAACCGUCAGUGGCUUGGGAUAUCCACACCUAACCACCAGCUGAGGAUGUUAAAAUGCCAGUCCACGGCCUCACUCCCAUCCUGCUCUGCUUGUUACCAGUAUGGAGUAUCCUGACGCCGGUCUCAAGUCAUCCGCAAUACAGCCAGUGUCAGCUGAUACAAAGAACGGCUGUCUGCAACAAUGGCAAGCUUUCCUCUGUGCCUGCAGGACUGCCUGACAACUUGGAGGAGCUUCAGCUCAACUACAAUCACAUUCAAACACUACAGGACAACUCUCUCCUCCGAUACCCCUCACUAAUCACCCUGAGCUUAGCUUGUAAUAGUUUGGAAAAAAUCGAAUCAAACGCUUUUCAACACUCAAAAUUGUUAGAAAGCCUCAAUUUAGCAAAUAACAAUCUUCAUAUUGGCUAUCAAGAAACCAGCCAUGCAUUAAAGACUCUACCCAGGCUUAGAGCCCUGGAUCUCUCUGAGAAUGGGCUUGAGGACGAAAUGGUGGCCACUCUUCUCCAAAAUCUGACAUCCUUGGAGUACCUCAAUCUUUCUGGGAACUUAUUAAAGAGACUGGAUGAGACCUCAUUUAGUGAUCUUCACCAACUCAGAGAACUCGACCUACAGAGAAACAUCAUGUACGAGAUUGAUGGCGCCUUCGACAGCAAUCCAAAGCUCCAGCGGCUCAACUUGGCCUUCAACUAUCUGCUUUGCCUGACAGACUUUCAUAUGACCCAGCUGGUGGUCCUCAAUGCCAGCCACAACUUCAUUGAGUGGUUCCUCACCAGACAAGACCUUAACGAGACUUUCCAGCUAGAGACUCUUGAUCUAUCAGAAAACAAAAUUCUCUUCUUUCCUUUAUUGCCCAGCCACAGCCACUUGAGGAAUCUUUAUUUAUCCCACAACAGAGUUAGCUUUUACGAACACUUGGCAGACAACAGCUCAUUCCCGAACUCGACCACAACUGUUGAGUUCUACAAUAUGAAGAAGUAUACGGGCAACGUGACGGCUAAGCUGUGGGACGAGGACCUUCACGGUGACAUCUCCUCUCUAGAGAUUUUGGAUCUAAGAGGAAACCAGGUGGAGUAUUUUCCUAUAGGAUUCGUGCAGAAAAUGUCUGCCUUGUCUAGACUUCAAAUGCACACGAACUGUCUGGAAAGCUUAAAUCUAACGUCGGAACUGUUCUCUGGCAGCUUGUACGAGUUGGACCUUAGCAACAACAGGCUAAACCAGAUUGUUGCAGAUGGAGGUACGCUGAAGGCUCUUGGCAAUCUGACGUACCUUAACCUUAGUUUGAACAAUCUUGAGUUGUUACCCUCGGGACUAUUUUCCUCAUUGCCAAGCCUAAGGUCAGUGGAUCUCAGUUACAACAAAGUCAACAUUUGCCGUCCUGAGGAAGCUGAGACCAGUUCAGACACUAGCUCAGCUUGCGCAGAUUGGAAAGACAUUGCAUCCCUAACGCAGCUUUACCUUAAGGGAUGCAACCUUAAACAAAUUCCAUCAUCUGCAUUCGCUGGGUUGUCUCUAACGCACUUGGAACUGUCCGACAACCCUGGACUCAUUGUCCAAGAUUCAAUACAAAGUCUCAGCAGAACUUUACAGCAUCUAGGUUUAGGAAAUACUCACAUACAAGACUUAGACUUCUCCCAUUUCCAAAGUCUUAAGUCUUUAAACAUUUCACAGAACUCUCUCGCCUAUCUUCCCCCUUCACUUCUCAAUCUUGACCUGGGAUUGCUGGAUUUGAGGGACAACAGACUGUCCACUAUUCCCUCUGGUCAGGCAAACACAUUAGCCCCCAAACUGCACACUGUAUUUCUCACAGGAAAUCCAUUCAACUGCUGCCAGACUGAAUGGUUCAGGACAUUUGAAACAACAAAGACGAUCAAUAUGGUCGGACGAUCAGACAUUAAAUGUGAAGAUCUCAUCCAAAUGACACACAGAGUGGAGCACUUCCAGUCUUUUAGUUGUUUGGAGGAAGGUGGGGAAUCUAUAAUCUGGUAUAUUCUGCUUUUUUUACCCAUCUGUCUUUCUUUCCUGGGCAUCUUGAUUGUUGUUCUCCUCACCUUCAAGCCAAAAACGUUACAAAACUCAAUCAAAAAGAAUUGUUUGAAGCCUACAUCUUACUGAUACUUUAUAAAAUUUCAACAAAAAUGUAUUUUGUAUGGUAUAUUAUUGAAAAAUGUAACUGAAUGUAUGUUGUAAAAUUGUCCAUAAUGAUAAAGGAACAAUUCUAUUAUAUGUAUUAAAGCAGCGGGGAUUCCACUUUUUCACAAAUACUGUGCUGUUGUAAUAAAACCAGACCCCCUGCCCGAUACCCCGAUGUAAAAAUGUGGCUGCGUUCUUGUGUGUAUGCAUAUGUGAACAUAUGCAGAAGUAGUGUGAUGCAAGUUGUUGCUAUAAGCAGCAGAGGAAACAUGAAAUUUCCUGUUUUGCUAAGAUGUGCAGGAACUGCCCAGUUCAGUAUCUCAAAGAGGAGGGGUUUGAAGUUUCCUUCCCAUCCGGUAGACACAGAUGCAACAUAGGCAUGACAUCCCAGUGUAUAUCAUAAUAAACCUUACAAACAAUAA